AUGCACAAACUGGAGGAAUACCAUCUCAUAUACACCUUUGACUUACCUUCCAAUGGCAGGAACAUUGUGUUCUCCAACAUGAGAGCUGUGGAGUGUGAGGGCUGGCAUGGGCAACAGACCACUCAUCCCUUCUUGGUUUUUAUUAAAGCAUGGAUCUUUUUUCUCCUCCUCCAUCCAGAUGAUGAUGAAUGUGAUGGACCUUCUGCAAAAGCACUGUGUGGCUCCAACGCUGAUUGUCACAACACAGUGGGAAGCUACUACUGUACCUGUAAGGCAGGAUAUUUCCACCCGAGCAAACAACGUAACUUCACAGACAGCAGACACUGCGAAGAUGAGGAUGAAUGUAAUGGAACUUUUACCCAAACACCGUGUGAUGCCAACGCUGAUUGUCACAACACAGAGGGAAGCUACUACUGUGCCUGUAAGGCAGGAUAUUUCCACCCGAGCAAACAACGUAACUUCACAGACGGCAGAGGCUGCGAAGAUGAGGAUGAAUGUGAUGGACCUUCUGCACAAACACCGUGUGACGCCAACACUAAUUGUCACAACACAGUGGGAAGCUACUACUGUACCUGUGAGGCAGGAUAUUUCCAUCCGGAUAAACUAAGUAACUUCACAGACGGCAGAGGCUGCGAAGAUUUGAUACAUCUUCGCCCGAACAGUUCAUCUUUUGCGGAUAUUGAUUCAUUUGCUAAGGUUUCCACGACGAGUUUGUUAAAGUUUUGCAACACAAGUUCAACAGAAUUCUUCAAGUUGGUUUCCAAUUUCAUGGAAGUCAUGGAAAAUUAUGCAAUUGCUGCUGCCCGGAAUUUACAUCAUCAACAAAAGGCAGAGUUCUCUUCCAAUAACUUGGAAAUCUCCAUGCAAGCAAUCCGGAACAGCACAAUCCCAAACGAUAACAGAUUAAAGUUAUCCACUGGCAAUAACAGCCUGAACAUUGGCUGGAAGAGCGUGGCAGGGAAAGAGAAUUUUGAUGUUGCUGCCGUUGUCCUUAUCUGGUACAAACAUCUGGGCUCUCUUAUGGAACCGAACCUUAUGGAAGGCUGCGAGAAUGAAAGCAAGCUGGGGCUGAACUCAGACAUUGUUAGUGCUGCAGUAACGAACACAGGCAGGAGCCACCUCCUGGAACCAGUCACUCUCACCUUCGGCAACAAGAAGCCCACUGAUAAAAGAGCCAAGUGUGUCUUCUGGAACAGCUCAAACUUCAGCUGGUCCACUCAAGGUUGCCAAUUGGUUGAGUUCAACGCAAGAUACACAGUGUGCAACUGUACGCACCUGACAAGCUUUGCGGUGCUCAUGGCCCUGGAUGUAAUAGAGGGGAAUGAUGCUCACAAUCUAGAUCUGAUCACUCUGGUCGGCGUUAUUGUCUCUCUGGUUUGCCUUGCGCUGUCAGUCCUCACCUUCACCCUGUGUCGGGCCCUUAAAAGUAUCAGGACCACCAUCCACACUCACCUGUGCAUCAGCCUAUUUUUGGCACAACUGCUGUUCAUCUUUGGAAUUGACAAGUUCGAAUAUCAGACUCUUUGUGCCGUCAUCGCUGGAUUCCUGCAUUAUUUCUUCCUGGCCUGUUUUUCCUGGAUGCUCCUGGAAGGUGUGCAGCUUUACCUCAUGCUGGUGAAAGUCUUCAAUGCAAAGAGUAUGAGACCAACGUACAUGUACUUGUUUGGCUACGGUUGCCCCCUGAUUAUUGUUGGCAUCUCAGCAGCCGUGUAUUCCCAGGGAUAUGGAACAAAGGAGCAUUGUUGGUUGGAUCUAAAUUCGGGAUUUAUCUCGGCUUUCCUGGCUCCGGUCUGUGUGAUUAUUCUGGUCAAUGGAGGAUUUUUUAUUAUGACUGUGUUGAAACUGGCUGAAAAGUUUUCAAGUGUCAAUCCUGAUAUGGGCCAGUUGAAGAAAAUCAGGGUCUUUACCUUCACUGCUGUCGCUCAGCUCUGCCUCCUGGGAUGUACUUGGAUAUUUGGCAUGUUGCACUUCCAGAAGGAAACAAUUGUCAUGACCUACAUCUUCACUGUGAUCAACAGCUUGCAAGGAAUGUUCAUCUUCAUCCUGCACUGCCUCCUUAACAAGCAGGUGAGGGAUGAGUACGCCAACUACUUCCACCGUUUCUACCAAUUGAAGAAAGACUCAAAAUACUCUGAGUUUUCAACUUCUUCGACGCAGGGCCUGAAAAGCGUUCAUGAGACGGGAAUGUGAUUGAAAGCACGAGAGCUCUGCAGAGCUGGCUACAGCUGCUUCUAAAGCGAGAGACACAGAGCACAAGAGCAACAGCGCACUGACUCUCUUUGCUUGGGACUGUAACUCGCCUCUCCACUGGGACUAUCCCAUUGCUGCUGCCACCCUCUCCCCAUUCUUACCUCCAUCGCUCUGUUUCAAUCUGCUACAAACUUCAGAAGAAAGAGGUGAGAAGUUGCAGCUGAGAGUUGAGCUGCUUUAGCUCUCUACUUCUAUUGAGCAUGUACAUAGCAGGAGUUCAUAGCUUCUACAUUGUUGAACAGACUGUCCAAUAAUAAGCACGGUAGCAUCUAGCCUGGAUUCUGGGGAACGGAAGAGUUGCCUUUCACUUCAAGCACCUCCUUGGGCAGAUGGGAUGAUGUCCGUCUGGCUUUAAGGUUGUUUGAUUUGGUGAUCCUCUAUUUGUUGGCUAUUGGACAGUGGUUGGCAAGGUGACAAACCAGGAUUCAGCCAUCGGAAGGUGAGCACGGGCAGCACAGGUCAAUGAGUUGGGAAGGAGUUUGCUUGGGGUCCAACAUGGGCAGGGUGGAUGUCUAGCAGGUUUAGAGUUGAGUUAGUGUUCAAUGCAUCCAAUGACUGCCCUGCCCUUGGCUAGAUGUGGCCCUGGAGCUCAGCUAGCGUUUGUAAGCUGGCAGAGAGUGUGUCCCAGACUGGCUUUUGCCUGCUGUUGGGUUGGUGACACAAUAUGAUGACAAGAGUGCAUGUGAGCUACAAACCCAUUCCCCAUCGCCGCCCAUCAUUAUUUGGAGCUUUUCAAGAGCCAACAAAAAGCAGGUUGUAAAUGCCACUGCCAACCACAUCUCCUGAUUGGUUUGGGACAUGUGAGGCACAGAUGAGCUUCUCUCUCUAGCCAGUGUCGAGGGUGAAAAGCCGAAGGGUAAUAAAGCUUGAACAGGACCCACCGGUCACCAGGUGAGAUGCCAGAGUCUGGGCCAGGCUGCUGCUCAGCCCUGAGUCAGGCCCAGUGCAAGUUCCUCAGCAGAGAAUCAGCACGAGGCAGCCGUCACACGGGACCCCAUCUCCUCCCGGUUCCCUCCAGCCCCUCGGCACCAGCUAAUAGCCGCCACCAUUGAGUGAUACCCACCACCAUCUCACCACCACAUUAUCUGGGUGGAGUGGUUCAUGGAUGGACCUCCCAUUGUCACCCUCCCAAAGACAGUGUGGGACGGAACACUCAACCCUGCCUUUGCCUGAGGCUGAUGAAUGAAAAUGCAGCCAGUGCUGAGCACGGCUGUGGUUCCCAGUGCCCCGGGUUUGCCCUGUAACUGCCGCAGGUGAGACAAAGGAGGUUUCACCGGCUCAUACGGAGGAAGCAGGAAGGGAAAGCUGGUUACACCUUGUUACUGUGUACUGAUACGUAGAAAUGCAAAAUGUUUUAAUAUGCCAGGCCUUUAUUGAAUAAAAUAUCAUCUUGA